GCCUGAGGGCCUCAGAUGCCCUGUAUUCCAGACGGAGCAUUGGAGUUGCAAAAGCUGCUCCUGCUGUGGGCGACCGCCCUGUCCCCGACCCAGAACCGCGCAGGCUCACACUCGCUGCGGUAUCUCUCCACCGCCAUUUCCCGGCCGGGCCUCUGGGAGCCCCGGUUCAUCUCUGUCGGCUACGUGGACGACACGCAGUUCGUGCGCUUCGACAGCGACGCGGAGAAUCCGAGGAUGGAGCCGCGGGCGCAGUGGAUGGAGCAGGAGGGGCCGGAGUAUUGGAAGCGGGAGACACAGAGAGCCGAGGGCAAUGAACAGUGGUUCCGAGGGAGCCGAGGAACGCUCUGCGCACGCCUGCGCUACUACGACCAGAGCGCGGGCGGCUCUCACACACUUCAGCGGUUUUCUGGCUGGGACUGUGGGUUGGACGGGCGCCUCUCCGGGUACGUGAAGUUCGCCUACGAGGGCCGCGAUUACAUCGCCCUGAACGAAGACCUGAAAACGUGGACGCCGGCUGACCUGGCAGCACUGAUCACCCAACGCAAGUGGGAGCAGGCUGGUGCUGCAGAGCUAAGCAGGGCCUACCUGGAGGACGAGUGCAUGGAGUGGCUCCACAGAUACCUGGAGCGCGGGAAGGAGACACUGCUGCUCAAAGGUACCCCCCCAAAGGCCCAUGUGACCCAUCACCCCAGAUCUGAAGGUGAUGUCACCCUGAGGUGCUGGGCCCUGGGCUUCUACCCUGCUGACAUCACCCUGACCUGGCAGUUGAAUGAGGAGGACCUGACCCAGGACAUGGAGCUUGUAGAGACCAGGCCUACAGGGGAUGGAACCUUCCAGAAGUGGGCAUCUGUGGUGGUGCCUCUUGGGAAGGAGCAGAAUUACACAUGCCAUGUGUAUCAUAGUGGGCUGCCUGAGCCCCUCACCCUGAGAUGGGAGCCUCCUCCAUCCACUGACUCUAUCAUGGUAAUCAUUGCUGUUCUGGUUGUCCUUGGAGCUGUGGUCAUCAUUGGAGCUGUGGUGGAUUUUGUGAUGAAGAGGAGAAAACACAGGUAG